CUCCAGAAGUUCCAGCAGAAGGCUCUGAAGCAAACUAAGCAGAAGAAAUCCAAGUCGGCUGAAUUUCUGAUGGUAAAAGAAGAGAGAGCAGCAACAGAAGGCAUUGAAAAUCCAGCUUUUAACAUCAGCAGCACAGAUCUUUCAGCAUAUCAGACUUCAGAAGAGAAAGUUAUUAGACAUGACAAGCUAGAUAGCACCCUUGCAGCUCACCAACAAAAACUCAGGCUGCAAGCCCAUGCUGAACCAAGAGGAAAUGAAUGCAGCAGAAAUUACUUUGACCCAGUGAUGGAUGAGGAAAUAAACCCAAGGCAGAGUGGGAUGGAGGUCAGUGGAGAAGUGCCUAUGAAUUUAGAUGAGAAAAUUCUCUAUGGUGAACUGAUGAAACUUCUAGAUGAAGAGAAUAAAAUGUUGGAAUAUCAAGCAGCCCAUGGCAUCUGUGAAGAUUUCUCAGACUCGGUAAUGCCUACCAGCUUCACUAAGACACUUGACCUUCGCAAGGAGGUUGAAGAUGAAGGGAUUCCUCCAUAUAUUGAACAGUUUGAGAAAGAUGUUCAGGAUGACAUAAUUCUGCUUGGCAGCUUUGCACUGGAACAGCCAAAAGAGAGAGAGGAGAUGAGAGAAAAGUUAGUUUGCUGGACUCAUGUUGUCAAAGGCCAGCCCCCCGAAACCCUACGGUCCCAAAACGGUAAAAAUAACACAGGGGGAAGUCCAGCACCACAGUGGGAGCUAUCCAGUUUAGUGCAAUGGAUGCGUGUGAGAAAGGUGGCAUACAUAUGCAUUCAGAGGAAGCAACUCCUGGCCCUCAGAGAUGGAGUACGGGCUCUUGAGACCAGAGUAGCUGAACUAGAAGAAGUAAGGGAAACUGAGAGGUACAUAGAAGAGGCGUUAAGAAACACAAUAAAGCAGUGCCUCCAGCCUGACAGCCUCUGUGCCGUUGAAGAGGAGGAAGGUCUUGGGGAAAGAGAACAUCAAGCUGCAGUGGAGGGAAAAAAUCCCAUUGUUGGGAACCUCCUUCCAAACCAUGUCAUGGGAUCUUCUUGCACUGUGGAUACCCCUCGAGAGGACGGAAUCCCGGUUAUUAGGAACAAACAGAAAUGGGGGAUUUGA